AUGCAGCCAUGCGGGCUAUGCGUCGAUGACGACGACUUGGUGAGCCUCCUCAACAGCUGGGGCCACGGGAAGAAGCGGAAGGCAGCGGCUACAGCCGCGACAGAACAGGAUGAGCUGCAACCCAUCAUCGACAGUGUGGCAGAGCUGAAAGCUCAAAAGCCGCGGAAAAGCCGACAGCACAGCGUGGAUAUACUGCAGACCUUGUGGUGCCUCUACGAGGAGGAUGGGAGCAGAGGCACUUUCCUGGGCUACUGGGUCACCAUCAUUCCGGGGCAGCUCAAGGGUCCUUUCGCCCACGACGACCUGGGUGCCCUUAGGGACUAUGCCAGCAACAGCACCUGCCUGUGCUUGGGAAAGGGCUGGCUGAUUUGGAUGCUGCCGCACUUCUCUGUCUACCUCACGGGCUUCUCCUUCUGCAGACUGUGCAGGUGGCUUGCAGCUGGGGAGGCCCUCCACUGUGCUUUCCUGCAUCGACAAGUCGCGGCUCGAAGUCUGGAGAGUCUGGAAUCUACGACUACGACCACCCAGCCCAGAGCCAUGGCAACGACUGCUGCAUACGGCGACCAGGAUCUGUCUGCAGCAUCGGAUGUAUGGGGCGCCUGCUUCGGCAAGGAGGGCAACUUCACCGUCAUCGUGGAAGAGUCCCCGGCUGACACUUCCGACGAUGUUGAGGUCGAAGACAAACACACAGAGUUCAAGGUGUGGUCUUUCCUGCUGACACAGUGGUCGCCAGUCUUUGAAAAGAUGAUCGGUUCCGACAACUAUACCGAGUCGCAAAAGGCAAAAGUCGUCAUCCAAGACUUCUCGGCCAGUGCAGUUGAAAUCUUCCUUCGCUUCUUGUAUUCUGGCAGCGUCGGAGGCUCCGUCACAGCUCUCGUGGAGGUGGCUGCAAUGGCAGACAAGUAUCAAGUUAAGAAGUUGCAUGCUUUGUGCCUUCGCAUCGUCCGGAAGGCCCUCAAGCCCGAAGUCGCUUGCGAGAUCUUCGACUCCGCAAACAAGUUUCAGUUCAGGUCCUUGCGCAUGGGCGCACUCGAUCUCAUCUUCACACAGCCUGCCGAGGCACUGAAAGAGCGUCCGGCACUCCGGCCGGAGCUCCUGGAGGAGAUCUUGGACUCCGGCUUGCUGUGCAUGUCGGAGGAUGAUCUGAAGAAGACUCUCCAGAGUUGGGGAGAGAAGGAAGGCGACUGCCUGCAGCCGAUCAUCGACGCUCGGAUCCAGUGCGCAACGGUCCGAACACCCGGUGAGCGCACGACAAGCGUGCUGAAAACUCUGUGGGAUCGCUACGUGAAUGCUGGAAAGAAGGGCGCCUUCCUGGGCUUUUGGGUUGUCGUCAUCCUGGGGCCUGAGCAGGCCGAGAUGUGCCAGGAAGAUGCACGCAGUGUGAAGUCGAUGGCUUCCAACAAUUUGGGUUGCAUCUACCGAAAGGGGUGGGUGCAGUGGCUGCUUCCCCAUUCCUCGGUUCAUCUGCAAGGCUUUUCGUUCUCAACGUCAUACAGCGAACCCAUCUCGGCCUCGACAUCCUUGCGGAUCUGGUGCUCCGAAGACAGCACGACCUGGCACCUUGCUUACGAGUCGACCGAGAAAAAGAUCGCAAGUCGCACUUUCCUGCCUUGCAAGAGACCUCCGGGUUUGGUGAAGUCGUUCAGGCUGGAAGUCCUGGAGGGUGAGAUUUCGAUCGCUCUCUUCAACAUCCAUGGAUCCAAGCGGAAACUGUCUGAUGUGUUGACGGCCUGCUUCGGCAAGGACGGCAACUUCACGGUCAUCGUCCUAGAGCCCUCGGGUGAGACUUCCGACGAUGCCCAGGCAAAGCGCACGGAGUUCAAGGUGUGGUCUUCUCUGCUCGCACAGUGGUCUCCCGUCUUUGAGAAGAUGGUAGGAUCGGCGAACUAUGCCGAGUCGCAGAAGGCGGAGGUCAUCAUCAGAGACUUCUCGGCCGAUGCUGUUGAACUCUUCCUUCGCUUCUUCUACUCUGGGAGCGUUGCGGGCUCCAUCCCAGUCCUGGUGGAGGUGGCUGCAAUGGCAGACAAGUAUCAGGUCGAGGCAUUGCAAUGUUCGUGCCUGCACCUUGUUCGGCGAGCCAUGAAACCUGACGCAGCCUGCGUGGUCUUGGCUUCCGCAGACCGCUUCCACAUGGCUGACCUGCGAGCAGAGGCCCUUGAUCUCAUCUUCACACAGCCUGCCGAGGCCCUCAAAGAGCGUCCGACACUCCGGCCGGAGCUGUUGGAAGAAAUCCUGGACUCGGUCUUGCUGUGCAUGUCGGAGGAUGAUCUGAAGAAGACUCUCCAGAGUUGGGGAGAGAAGGAAGGCGACUGCCUACAGCCGAUCAUCGAGGCAAAGAUCCAGCGCGCAACGGUCCGAACGCCUGGCGUGCACACGACAAAUGUUCUGCGCACGCUUUGGGAUCGCUACGUGAAUGCUGGGAAGAAGGGCGCCUUCCUGGGCUACUGGGUGGUCGUGAUCUUAGGACCUGAACAGGCACAGAUGUGCAGAGAAGAUGCAGCCUAUUUGAAGUUGCUUGCUAACGGUCAGUAUGCACUCAACUGUCGGAAAGGCUCUGUGCAGUGGCUGCUUCCCUACUGCCUGGUUCAUCUUCAGGGCUUUUCCUUGGUUCAGAAGAUAUCGGGCUCGACGUCCUUCCGGAUCAGUGUGAAGUCCGACGAGGGCGGUGCGACCUGGCACCUCGCCUACGAGUCGCACAAGAAAGAGAUCAAAGAAGGCACUUUCCUGCCUUGCAAGAGACCGCCGAGCCUGGUGAAGUGCUUCAAGCUGGAAGUCCUGGAGGGUGAGUGUUACCUUCCCUUCAACAUCCAGGGUUCCGACGAUGCUGUUGAAGCCAAUGUCCGGCGUUACGGUGCCAAGCAGAAACGGGAUGAUGUGUUGGCGGCUUGCUUCGGCGUUGAUGGGAACUUCACGGUCAUAGUUGAAGAGCGCUCCGGUGAGACUUCCGAUGAUGCUGGGGCAAAGCGCACAGAGUUCAAGGUCUGGGCUUCACUGCUUGCGAAUUGGUCUUCCGUCUUCGAGAGGAUGAUCGGCUCUAGAAGCUAUGCUGAGUCGCAGAAGGCGGAGGUCGUCAUCCACGACUUCUCCGCCAGUGCCGUUGAAAUCUUCCUUCGUUUCUUGUACUCUGGCAGUGUCAAGGGUUCACCCACAGCCACAGACCUGAUGGAGGUGGCAGGAAUUGCAGACAAGUAUCAGGUCGAAGCAUUGCAUACGGUGUGCCUCCAUGACAUUCGGCGGGCCCUCACUUUCGAACCUGCGCUUGCGUGCGAGGUCUUCGCGUCCGCAGACCGUUUUCACAUGGCUGACCUGCGAGCAGAGGCUCUCGAUCUCAUUUUUACCAAGGCGGCGAAGGCCCUGAGAGAGCGUCCGACACUCAGGCCGGAGCUGUUGGAGGAGAUCCUGGACUCAGGCUUGCUAUGCAUGUCAGAGGAUGAUGUGAUAAAAACUCUCCAGAGCUGGGGAGAGAAGGAAGGCGACUGCCUACAGCCGAUCAUCGAGGCCCGAAUCCAGCUUGCAACGGUCCGAACAUCUGGUGAGCACACGACAGACGUGUUGAAAAGUCUGUGGGAUCACUACGUGAAUGCUGGAAAGAGGGGUGCCUUCCUGGGCUACUGGGUAGUCGUGAUGCUGGGACCUGGGCUGUCGGAUGUUUGCGGGGAAGAUGCCGGCUAUGUGACGGCGAUGGCUCGCAAUGAUGCACCCAGACCUGUCACUCUUCGAGCAGGAUGGGUCCAAUGGAUUUUUCCUCAUUCCUGGAUUCGUCUUCAGGGUUUCUCGGGCUUCUCUGUCUGUCAGGGCCGGGCGGCAAAGACAUCUUUCCGGAUCUGCACCUCAGCAGACGGAGCUACCUGGCACCUCGCCUACGAGUCGCAGAAAAAAGAGAUCUGGGAAAGCACCCUCCUGGCUUGCAAGAGACCUCCAAGCAUGGUGAGGUACUUCAAGCUGGAGGUCCUGGAGGGUGAGAUUUCCCAACGUCGGUUCAACAUCCACGGCAUUUUGCAGACGUCCGAUCCAAGCGGAGAAGGAGGUCAGUGGCGACUGCUUCUCACUGGGACCAUUGCAGGCCACGAUCAUACUGCAGCAUCUGCAGCCUUGACGGCCUGUUUCGGCACAGAGGGAAACUUCACAGUAACAGUUGAAGAGCACUCGGGUGACACGUCCGACGAUGUUGAGGUAUGCACAGAGUUCAGGGUGUGGUCCUCUCUGCUUGCACACUGGUCUGCCGUCUUUGAGAGGAUGGUAGGAUCGGAGAUUUAUGCCGAGUCGCAGAAAGCGGAGGUCAUCAUCCGAGACUUCUCGGCCAUUGCUGUUGAGCUCUUCCUUCGCUUCUUGUACACGGGGAGCGUGCACGGCUCUGCGAGUGCUUUGCUGGAGGUGGCUGCUUUGGCAGACAAGUACCAGGUCCAGGUGUUGCAUGCUUUGUGCAUGCGGCUGGUGCGGGAGGCUCUGAAACCUGAGCUGGCCUGCGAGGUGUUCGCAGCCGCAUACCGUUUCCACAUGGAUGACCUGCGGUCAGAUGCCCUUGAUCUCAUUUUCACAAGGCCUGCAGAGGCUCUGAAAGAGCGUCCUGCAGCACUCCGGCCGGAGCUCUUGGAGGAGAUCCUCAGCUCGGGCUUGCUGUGCUUUGCAGAGGAUGCCCUUCAACGGACCCUCCAUGGCUGGGGAAACAAGGACGACAGCCUGCAGCCGAUCGUCGAGGCCCGGAUCCAGCUCGCCACGGCAAUGAUCGGCGGCGAAGAUCUGUCUGUCGCAUCAGGAGCCUGGAAGGCCUGCUUCGGCAAGGACGGGAAUUUCACAGUCAUCGUGGAAGAGCCUUCUUUUGCCGCUUCCGACGAUGUGAACGAGAAAGUUGAAACGGAGACAAAACGCACAGAAUUCCAGGUAUGGUCUUCCAUUCUUUCCCAUUACUCUCCAGUCUUUGAGAAGAUGGUCGGCUGCGGUAACUAUGCAGAGGCGCAGAAGUCGGAGGUCGUCAUCCAAGACUUUUCGGCCAGGGCUGUUGAGCUCUUCCUGCGCUUCUUGUAUACCGGCAGCGUCCGCAGCUGUGCGAGUGCUUUGCUGGAGGUGGCUGCAAUGGCGGACAAGUACGAAGUCCGGGCGUUGCAUGCCUUGUGCAUAGGACUCGUUCGGAACGCCCUUCAACCCUGCACAGCUUGUGAGGUCUUCGAAAAUGCAAACCGUUUCCACAUGGAUGACUUGCGAUUGGAGGCACUCGAGCUUAUCCUCACGAAGCCCGAAGAUGCUUUGAAAACACGUCCAGCACUCCGGCCAGAGCUCUUGGAGGAAAUCCUGGGCUCAGGCCUGCUGUGCAUGUCAGGAGAUGCCUUGAAAAAGAUUCUUCAGAGCUGGGGCGACAAGGAUGACCCCCUGCAGCCGAUCAUCAAAGCCUGGAUCCCAAGUACACCCCUCCGAGCGGUCAGCUUGCGUGGUGAGCACACGACAAACGUGCUGCAAUCGCUUUGGAAGAGCUACUGCGACGCUGGGAACAAGGGCACCUUCGUGGGCUACUGGGUUAACGUCUUGCUGGGGCCUGGGCAGUCGCAGACCUGCACACACGACAACCUUUCGUCGAUGGCCUCCAUGAAUUCUAAGUUCACCUUCCAAAGGGGGUGGGUUCAGUGGUAUCUUCCCUACUGCUCGGUUCAUCUUCAGGGCUUCUCCCUCGCCGGAGGGCACUACACAACGAUCUGUUCGGGCUCAACAUCCUUCCGGAUCUAUGUGAAGUCCGACGAAGACGGCGCGACCUGGCACCUCGCCUACGAGUCGCACAGGAAGGUGGUCGGCGAUGGCACUUUCCUGCCUUGCAAGAGGCCUCCAGGCCUCGUCAAGCACUUCAAGCUGGAAGUCCUGGAGGGUGAGCUUAGUAACGCUCGCUUGGAGAUUCGGGGAAUCUUGCAGACGUCCGUUUGA